UGUAUGGAUUAUCGAAAAAAUCAAUUAAAUAAACUUCUGAAGGGUCAAAAGGGUCUGAGGGAUAAAAUAAACAGGCAAAAUGUGAAACAGAUAAAUGAUACACCAUGCAAGGGCAGGGGAAAGUAACCAAAGAGAGUGAUUCCAUGAGAGCAGUGCAGCAGGAAAUAAUGAAAUAGAGGAGAAACAAAGAAAGAAGCUGAGGUUACUGAUUAGAGCAAGUGUUCAAUACACUAACAUUAUAAAUGUGUUUAUCUGUCAAUGUGACCAGACAGCCACAGUCAUACAAUGUCCCACACACAUAAACAUAAGCAGGACUCACAGAAUCAAACACACAAAGACCAGACAGUGUUGCACACCCAACAACUGAAAUGGCCACUAGCCUAAUGAUUCAAAAUGCUACACGCACAGUAACCCAACCAACUACACACUCAGCAACUAGAACAGUCACACACCAGGUACCAGGCUUUUGAAGUUUCAGAAAAGAUAGACAAGGAGAUAAAAGAGGAGCUGGGGGGGAUACUAAUCAGGGUCAAAAUCACAGGGCAUUCAAAAGAGGCAUAAUGGAGAGUUCAGACACUGAGCCCAUUUGGGUAGAACUCAGGAACAGGAACUAGAAGAGGAAAUUAGAAAAGCCAGGAGGGGCCAUGAAAAGACCUUGGUAAAUAGAAUUAAGAUGAAUCCCAAAGCAUUCUAUAUAUAUAUCAAGAGCAAGAGGAUAACUAGGGAGAGGGUGGAACCACUCAAGGAUAAAGAGGGGAGCAUUUGUUUCAAUGCGGAGAAUGUGAGUGAGGUACUUAAUGAGUACUUUGCUUCAGUGUUUACCAAGGAAAAGGAUGUGGAGGACCAGGAGAUCAAUGCUGAGCGUAUAAAUACAUUAGGGCGUUUAGAGGUCAAGGAGGAGAAAGCAUUGAGCCUCUGAAUGAGUAUUAAGGUGCAUAAAUCCCAGGGCCUGAUGGGAUUUACCCCAGGUUAUUGAAGGUUAUCGAAGGACACAAGAGACGAGAUUGCUGGGGACUUGACGCGUGACUUCAUUUCCUCUCUAGGCACAGGCAAGGUCCUGGAGGAUUAACGACUGGCUAAUGUUGUACCUCUAAGAAGGGAACAAGGGAAAAUCCUGGGGACUAUAGACUGGUGAGCCUCAUGUCAGUUGAAGGGAAAUUGCUGGAGAAAAUUAUUAAGGAUAGAAUAUAUGAGCAUUUGUGGCUUAAUUAGGGAGACCCAAACUUGGUUCUGUGCAGGGCAGGUCAUGUCUCACCAACUUGAUUUGAGUUUUUUGACAAGGUAACAAGAGAUAUUGAUGAAGGUGGAUGUUGUCUACAUGGAUUUUAGUGAGGCAUUUUACAAAGUCCCCCGUGACAGGCUAAUCCAGAAGAUUAAGGUGCAUGGGGCUUGUGGAGAAUUGGCUGCUUAGACUCAGAACUAGCUUGCACAUAGAAGACAAAAAGUAGUGGUUGAAGGGAUAUUUGAGCUGGAGGUCUGUAAUUACUGGAUCUGUGCUGGGUCCUCGGCUGUUUAUGAUGUACAGUGUCAUGCAAAAGUUUGGGCACCCCUGGUCAAAAUUUCUGUUACUGUGAAUAGUUAAGUGAGUAGAAAACAAACUGAUUUCCAAAAGUCAUAAAGUUAAAGAUGAAACAUUCUUUUCAACAUUUUAAGCAAGAUUAGUGUAUUAUUUUUGUUUUCUACAAUUUUAGAGUGAAAAAAAGGAAAGGAGCAACAUGCUAAAAUUUGGACACCCCAAGAGAUUUACCUAGCUCUCAGACCUUAAUUAGCUUGUUAGGGCUAUGGGUUGUUCACAGUCAUCAUUAGGAAAGGCCAGGUGAUGCAAAUUUCAAAGUUUUAUAAACAGCCUGACUCCUCAAACCUUGUCCCAACAAUCAGCAGCCAUGGGCUCCUCUAAGCAGCUGCCUAGCACUCUGAAAAUUAAAAUAAAUGAUGCCCACAAAGUAGGAGCAUGUUAUAAGAAGAUAGCGAAGCAUUUUCAAGUAGCUGUUUCCUCAAUUCAUAAUGAAAUUAAGAAAUGGCAGUUAACUGGAACGGUGGAGGUCAAGUUGAUGUCUGGAAGACCAAAGAAACUUUCCAAGAGAACUGCUUGUAGGCAAAUCAAAACUCCCGUUUGACUCCAAGGGAGAUGAAUGACUUCAGACCUGUUGCUUUGACGUCACACGUGAUGAAGACCAUGGAGCGGCUAAUAAUACAGAAUCUGAGGCCACAAACCAGGCACGCCCGGGAUCCUCUUCAGUUUGCGUAUCAGGAGAAGGUGGGAGUGGAGGAUGCUAUCACGUACUUGCUGCACAAAUCCCUCUCUCACCUGGACGGGGUCAGUGGUGCUGUGAGGAUUACAUUCCUCUAGUGUCUUUAACACCAUCCAGCCCAGGAUCUUAAGGCACAAACUAAUGGAGAUGGGAGUAGACUCACACAUGGUGGCUUGGAUAACAGACUAUUUGACAGACAGACCUCAGUAUGUGCUGUUGGGAGACUGUAGGUCUGACACGGUGGUCAGCAGCACAGGAGCACCGCAGGGGACCGUGCUCUCUCCGGUCCUGUUCACCCUGUACACAUCUGACUUCCAAUAUAACUCGGAGUCCUGCCAUGUGCAGAAGUUCAAGUUCGCUGAUGACACGGCCAUAGUGGGGUGUGUCAGGAAUGGUCAGGAGGAAGAGUAUAGGAAACUGAUACAGGACUUUGUGAUAUGGUGCAACUCAAACUACCUGCGUCUCAGUAUCACCAAGACCAAGGAGAUGGUGGUGGACUUUAGGAGAUCUAGGCCUCAUAUGGAGCCAGUGAUCAUUAAUGGAGAAUGUGUGGAGCAGGUUCAGACCUACAAGUAUCUGGGAGUGCAGUUAGACGAGAAGCUAGACUGGACUGCCAACACAGAUGCCCUGUGCAGGAAAGCACAGAGUCGACUGUACUUCCUCAGAAGGCCGGCGUCAUUCAAUGUUUGUAGUGAGAUGCUGAAGAUGUUCUAUCGGUCAGUUGUGGAGAGCGCCCUCUUCUUUGUGGUGGCGUGCUCGGGAGGCAGCAUUAAGAAGAGGGAUGCCUCACGUCUUAACAAGCUGGUAAGGAAGGCGGGCUCUGUCGCGGGCACAGAACUGGAGAGUAUGACAUCGGUGGCGGAGCGGAGGGCGCUGAGUAGGCUACAGUCAAUCAUGGAAAACCCUGAAUAUCCUCUGCACAGCACCAUCCAGAGACAGAGAAGCAGCUUCAGCGGCAGGUUGCUGACAAUGCAAUGCUCCUCAGACAGGAUGAAGAGAUCAUUACUCCCAGACGCCAUUCGGCUCUACAAUUCAACCACCAGGGGCAAGACAUGUUAAAGUGCCGGGGUUAGGACUGAGCUUAAAUUACCACUCAAUGCACUUUAGUAAACUAUUUAAGAACUUUUUAAAAGCUAUUUAUUAAUGCUUUUUGGGAGGGUGAUUUUUAGAUGCAGAUCAUAUUUAUACUGAGUUAAAUUAUGUAAUUAGUUUUGCUACAAUAAGUGUAUGGGACACUGGAAAAAUGUUGAAUUUCCCCUUGGGGAUGAAUAAAGUAUCUAUCUAUCUAUCUAAAAGACCUUCAGGAAGAUUUAGCAGACUCUGGAGUGGUGGUGCACUGUUCUACUGUGCAGCGACACCUGCACAAAUAUGACCUUCAUGGAAGAGUCAUCAGAAGAAAACCUUUCCUGUGUCCUCACCACAAAAUUCAGUGUCAGAAGUUUGCAAAGGAACAUCUAAACAAGCCUGAUGCAUUUUAGAAACAAGUCCUAUGGACUGAUGAAGUUAAAAUAGAACUUUUUGGCUACAAUGAGCAAAGGUAUGCUUAGAGAAAAAAGGAUGCAGAAUUUCAUGAAAAGAACACCUCUCCACCUGUUAAGCACGGGGGUGGAUCGAUCAUGCUUUGGGCUUGCGUUGCAGUCAGUGGUACGGGGAACAUUUCACUGGUAGAGGGAAGAAUGAAUUCAAUUAAAUAUCAGCAAAUUCUGGAAGCAAACCAUCUGUAAAAAAGCUGAAGAUGAAAAGAGGAUGGCUUCUACAACAGGAUAAUGAUCCUAAACACACCUCAAACUCCACAAUGGACCACAUCACGAGGUGCAAGCUGAAGGUUUUGCCAUGGCCCUCACAGUCCCCCGACCUAAACAUCAUCAAAAAUCUGUGGAUACACCUCAAAAGAGCAGUGCAUGCAAGACAGCCCAAGAAUCUCACAGAACUAGCAGCCUUUUGCAAGGAAGAAUGGGCGAAAAUCCCCCAAACAAGAAUUCAAAGACUCUGAGCUGGCUACAGAAAGCGUUUACAAGCUGUGAUACUUGCCAAAGGGGGUGUUACUAAGUACUGACCAUACAGGGUGCCCAAACUUUUGCUUUGGGCCCUUUUCCUUUUUUGUUAUUUUGAAACUGUAAAAGAUAAAAAUAAAAAAGUAAUCUUGCUUAAAAUAUUAAAGAAAUGUGUCAUCUUUAACUUUAUGCCUUUUGAAAAUCAGUUAAUCUUUAACUCGCUAAGCUAAUCACAACAGAAAUUUUGACUGGGGUGCCCAAACAUUUGCAUGCCACUGUAUAUAAAUGACCUGGAUGAAAAUGUGGAUGGGUGGGUGAGUAAAUUUGUGGAUGAUACUAAGAUUGGUGAAGUUGGGUGGUGUAGAAGACUGGCAAAAAAUACAUCAUGACAUAGAUCAGUUGCAGUGGCGGGCUUACCACGGAAGGACGGCUUAGCUAAAGGACCGGCUACACCAACGGAACUCUCAAAGGAUCAAAAUCAUAAAAAGGAAAACCUGGCAAGUUUCUAAAAAUCUCUCUUGACUCCAACCAAAGGCUGCAGCCUGAAUG